AAAAAAUAUAGAAAUUUGGCGCACGAGAUUUUAACGAUUUUGCGCCAAAUUUGAUUCAUUUGUGAUUUCGAUGUACUGAAGAAGGUUUUUGAUCACAUUUUGAGCAUUUUUCAAAGACAAGUUGAAUUCAAAAUCCAAAAAACUAAUAUAGUCCAAGUAAAUCAAAAAAAAAUUGAAACUAAUUUCAUUAAUUUGGCUCAAUUCAGUUUAUAAUUUUGAAUCAAUUAAGAAGAUGAAAGUUAAAUUUUGUUGUGGUUUUGACGGGAGUUUGAAAAAUAACCGAUUUUGGAAGAUCAACGGCCAAUUGGUUGGCACUUUAGCUUUGGUGGCGAGUGUUUGUUUUCUUGUUAAAUGUUUUUUAAUGCCGAAAUCUGAAUCACAAACCUUCUUCGAAAAUCCAUUCAAAUUGAGAAUCGUGUGCGGAGCGUUUAUUGUGGCGAAUCUCAGUUGGAUAUAUGGAUUAGCGAAGAAUAUAAAUGAACUGAUGUUAGUGGGUCUUCUAUUUUACACGACCGCCUUAUUUUGCCAUUUCCUCCUUUUAUUGAAGUAUUCUUCACUUUUUCCAACUAUUUACUUGGCUUUAGCAACAGGGAUAUCGGUGUGGUUUUACGUAGUUGCCAUCCUUUCCUACAAGUCGACAAUCUUUUACAAAGCUUAAACGGUCGAAACACACAUGACGAAUUCCAAGUCACCUAAAACAACCGAAGGACGGAAUCAAAACAUCAAAAUAAGCGCAUGAAUUUAUUUCUAAAAAAUAGAUUUAAGAGUAUUUCAAAGACUACCGUUUAAAACAAAUCAAA